AUGGUGUCGCGGCGUGAUGCAUUGCCCUGCUUUACAUCAGUCCCAACCCAUGAUUCAGUAUGUCAAGCUUGCGAAAUUCUUCAAUUAAUUGCUCCGUAUGGCGAUCUAUCUUUGGAGCUCCUAUGUACGUCGGCUACCGGCAGCUGUCAGACCUGUCGACUUCUAUACCUUGCUCUGCUUCAGAUAUUUGGACCAUCUAUUUUCACUAAAGAGUAUUGCGUUUAUAAAGACGGAAAUAAUCUACGCUUGUCCUACAAGAGAAAUGAUGAAUCUGGCAUUUUUCUUUAUACAUUGUCUGGCCAUACGCAGUCUUCAUCGCCUCUGGUAUACAUUGGCCGCGAUGUACGCCCACGAAGGACCAGCUAUGCAGCGAUCAUUCAAGAUUGGAUUGGAACUUGUCGCGAUACGCAUACCGAGUGCAUUCCUACAGGUAUCGGCGUGGCUUUGCCGAAACGCCUCUUGGACGUUGGUCACGCUGGCUCAGAUCAGAUUCGACUUGAAACCAAACUGCCUAAGAGUGGACAAUAUCUUGCUCUCAGUCAUUGUUGGGGAGGCGGAGUGCCGAUAAAAACCUUACGCGAAAACCUUCAUGCUAUGGAGGAAGUAAUACGUUUCCUUGAUCUACCUAAGACUUUCCAGGAUGCUGUGACCGUCACGAAGGACCUUGGUCAAAGGUAUCUUUGGAUCGAUGCAUUGUUUAUCAUCCAAAACGACCCAGAGGAUUGGGAGAAGGAGUCGGGAAAUAUGGCGGCAAUCUAUCAGAAUGCAUACCUGGUCAUAGGCGCUGAUAUGGCGGCCAACUCUGAAGCCGGAUUCCUCGACCCUUUACAAGGCGGCUGGCACAAAGAUGGAAAGCCUAUAGCUUUUGUUGAAAGCGAGUCAACUACCAUUUAUGCGCGGUACUAUGAUGAUCACUCUCAACUUUGCGCAAUGUUCCCUACGAUAUAUGGAUAUGAGGAUUCACCGCUUUCAAAAAGAGCUUGGACAUUGCAGGAGCAGAUUCUAGCCCCUCGUAUGGUACACUUUGGGAAAAGAGAAAUCAUGUGGGAAUGCAACUCAGGGAUGUUCUGUGAAUGUAUGCAGAUGGACAGCAAUAUGAAGUUACAAACCGAGAGAGUCGCAUAUCUUGCUAGCUUGAACUCAUAUCCACCUGAUAAAUACAAGACUUGGUAUAAGGUCGUCAACCAAAUCAUGACUCGGAGUAUAACUAAGCGUGAUGAUAUAUUUCCUGCACUCUCCGGUCUAGCUCAGCAAUUUACGGACCAUGGAGCUGGUCGCUAUCUAGCUGGUUUGUGGUUGAAAGAUCUCCCGCAAGGUCUUUUGUGGUGGAGGGAGUAUGAGGGAGAAAGAUGUGCUAGCUCUGAUAGGGCGCCAUCGUGGUCUUGGGCAUCUAUAGAGGAUAAUGAGCAGGUCUACCACUACACUGAUGGGAAACUUGAUUAUACACAAAGGCUUGAUCCCGUCUAUGCCAGAGUUCUUGAGGCAGAAAUAGAGUUUAAGGGGAACAACCUAUUCGGCGCUGUUGUAAGCGGGCAUUUGACAAUUUAUGCGCCCCUAAUGGAGGUCACCUGGAAACGUUGGUUUACAUUAGAACCGGUUCGCCAGUUCAGCAAAGCCCCGAAACUAUCUCCCUAUUUCGACUACAAGCAUAACCUUGAUGUCAGCGUUAAACUGCAUUGCCUUUUCAUUGGUGAGAUGUCACUUGGGGGCUCUAGAACUCGUGGUCUUAUUCUUCGCAAGCUCGAGGAUUCAUCAGAAUCCACAUUUAAAAGAAUAGGAUUGUUCCAGUGCGACAGUGGAGCAAAAGAGCAAUUCAGCCCAGCUCUCACCGAAGAGACUGUGAUCAUUGUUUAA